CGAAUUUUGAAAUUAGUCCGUUUUUUGACAAACGUCGUUGUUGAUUGUUAUGCGUGUAAAUAAUUAUUUUAUUGUGUGAAUGUAAUAAUUAUUGUUGUAAAAUUGCUAAUAUACAAGAUGUCGCGUAUACCGAAGUUGCCAUCAAGUACAACUAAAGAAAACAGGCCAGGAUUUGCUUUUUCUAAUGGAAGAAAUCUCACCAGAACAAUUGGGAAUGGCUUAAGUGACGUCGAGAAAAGAAAUUUAAUCACAAACCACACGAAACCUCUGCUUCGCGGGACAUCAACAACCACCUCAAAUGUUGUGCCAGCACCUCGGAUCAAAAGGGCGGCAACGGCCCCUUCUGUAGCACCUUCCGUGCCCGCAAAAUCUAACAGAGUAGAGAAAAAAACUGCAACAGCCACUGCUAAAAUUCCUCCAUAUGACUAUAAGGCGAGGUUCAAUGAUUUGUUAGAAAAGCAUAAGUCAAUGAGAGGUGAGCUAAAUGAUUUGAAAGAUAAACAUUCUGAAGUAUUUGACGACUAUGAGAAACUUAAGGAGACAGUGGACAGCAGUAUUCAGGAGAGAGACAUGCUCAAAGAGAAGUUAUUGAAUACUAUUAAGGACUUGAAACAGAAAACCUCAGAUUUCGAUAGACUUAAACUUGACUUCGACAUUCAAAAGCAUGAAGUAGAAGAUCUACAACAGAAAUCUAAGUUGUUGGAAGAUGUAACAAACAGUUUGAAAAUCAAGACUUCCGAAUAUGACAAACUUAAAAUGGAUCAUGAUGAUUUAUCUCGUAGAUAUAAGAGCCUCAAGGAGGAAAAUGAAGCAUUAAGAGUUUUGACAGAUCACCUUAAGAAGAUAUCUGCCGAGCAUGAUAAGUUACAGUUGGACCACAAAGACGCACUGGAAGCAAUUUCUAGAACGAAGAAUGAUUCAGAAGCACUACAGAACAUUUUAGCUACUAUGUACAGCGACCAAAGAGUUCUGAGAAAUACAAUCCAAGACCUGAAGGGUAAUAUUAGAGUAUAUUGUAGGGUCCGCCCUCCUCUGGAAUCGGAAGCAUCCAAGCCCCUGUACAUUUUAAAUGUGUUGGACGCAUGCUCUAUUGAAGUUGAGAAAAUUGAGUUGUUGAGCUCAGCCAGAAAAGGGAAAUCACAGCACUCUUUUUCAUUUGAUGGCAUAUUCACUCCACAUUCCUCCCAGGAAGAUGUCUUUGCUGAAGUAUCCUCUAUGGUUCAAUCAGCUUUGGAUGGAUAUAAUGUGUGUAUAUUUGCAUACGGCCAAACUGGCUCGGGAAAGACGUACACAAUGGAGGGUGGUUCAGGAGGGCCCGACCAGUAUGGUAUUGUACCGCGUGCCAUAAAUAUGAUCUUCACCUGCAUGGAAGAUUUGAAAAGAAUGGGCUGGGAGUUAACUAUAAGAGCUUCAUUCCUUGAAAUUUAUAAUGAAAUAAUUUAUGAUUUGUUAGAUUCUAGCAAAGAUCAAGAGAGUCACGAAAUCAAAAUGGUUAACUCAAAGGGAACAGAUUUAUAUGUUUCUAACCUUAGGGAAGAGGAAGUUAAGAGCUCGCAUGAUUUCAUCAGGCUGCUAAUAUUUGCCCAACGUAACAGACAAACUGCAGCAACCUUAAACAAUGAAAGGAGUUCCCGAUCACAUUCAGUGGCUCAAAUAAAGAUUUCAGCUAUAAACGAAAAACGCAAAGAGAAAUUCACCAGCAAUCUGAAUUUAGUAGAUUUGGCUGGCUCAGAAAGCGGAAAGACUACACAACGAAUGGACGAAACGAAACACAUCAACAGGUCCCUAUCGGAACUUUCUAAAGUAAUUUUAUCCUUGCAAACAAAUCAAUCACAUAUACCCUACAGAAACUCCAAACUCACACAUUUGCUGAUGCCAAGCCUCGGGGGCAACUCCAAAACCCUUAUGUUGGUGAAUGUUAAUCAAUUUGAUGAAUCGUUCAACGAGACUCUUAACUCCUUACGAUUUGCCACAAAAGUAAACAGUGUUAAAACUAUUAAGGCUAAGAAGAACAUAACUAUGGUAGACUCAUAACUUAGAUUUAAUUAUUUUUAAUAUUAUUUCAAUAUACCAUUAUAUUGAGUUCUUCAAUAUUAAUUAUGGAUUUAUAUAAUAUGCGUAAGAGUCCUAAAUUGGGCUUUUAAGCUAAGCAAGUACUACUAGUUAAUAUUAGAAUUUACAAGAACAAUACCUGCACUGGUUAAAUUUUAAUAUUUUUAACUUUUUCAUUGUAAUUUUCAAAUUAGAUGUACCUAAGUUGCUUAUCAAACUUUACUUGCUGGACAAAAUAGAUUGUUAGAAAUUGACUUACUGUUUUAGAUGUAGCUUGAGUUAGGUACUCUGUAUUAAUAGCGAUAGAAACCGUUGACAUUUUAUUUUACAUUGAUAAUAUGUUUGUGGGUAAAGUAAAUCAAACCUGUGUUGUCAAAAAACUUUAUUAAAAUAUAAAUUGUUGUUAAUAAGUUUUCACCUUUCAUAAAUUAUUUUUUAAUACUGACAUGUAGAAAAUAGUAAUAGCCAAAUUAAUUAAGAGAAAUAAAUAGGGGCUACCAAUUC